AUUUGAAAACCUAUGUUAAAUGCAAUGGCAGCAUGGGUGAUCUGAAAGUGUAAUUAGUUUAUUUUAAAAUUAAGAAAUGCUCAUGUUUUCUGACAAUUUUCAACUAAUUAACUUUCUAUUCUUACUUCACGUAUACAUUUAUACCCUCCAGAAAAGCUUUCUUCUCUAUUACAAUCUGUAGACCUCUACAAUUUAGGCACAUUAGGAUUCUAAUGAUUGACUUCCAAAAAUACAAACAUCAAACGCCAUGGAACAAUCAGGGUUGGCCUAUCUCAACGGGGAAGCCACUGUGACAGUAUGCAAAGGGAGGUCGAUCUUAAUUCUACAUAACAAAAAAGUACAAAGGCCAGUCGGAGACCAAAGACAAUUUAACACCUCCCUCUGUCCGCGCGCCCCGGCGGCGCCUCAGCGGAUAGAGUGCGUCUCUCAUUAGUAACAAGAUGGGACGACCUGAAAGAUGCAGAGGUGAGGGAGGAGGGGGGUGGACAGCGACUACAAAAACAACUCAUCUUUCCUUUCAUAAACGAACUUGGCUUGGAAGAGAAACAGUGACGAGAGAGAAUUGCUAUUUUUUUAGUAGGGCCUGGUUUGGGAGUGUUUUGAGGACUAUGAGAAAUUAGUGAAAAUCAAUUACAGGAGUAUUUGGAUUGCGGAAGUGGAUCCUAACGACAAAAUGCUAGCAGAGGACAGGGAGUCACCAGUGUCUACUGUUGCUCAUGCUGACAGUGACCAAGGAGAGGAAGAAUGCCCUCGUAUUUCACUACUGAAUGGUAUCGACCAAAGUCGGCGGCACCGGACAGCUUUCACGAGGGAACAGCUGACUCGUCUUGAGCAAGAAUACUGCAAAGAAAGUUACGUGUCUCGACCCAGGCGAUGCGAACUGGCGGCAGCCCUUAACUUGCCCGAGACCACAAUAAAGGUCUGGUUCCAGAACCGGAGAAUGAAGGACAAGAGACAACGUCACAGUCUACACUGGCCAAAUCCACUGGACCCGAACCUGUGUGCCUUCAUGGUGGGUCAGACGGCUGCUGCUCUUCCCUACCCACUGCUGCCCCGCUUACCCAUUCAUCUAUACUCUCAUUUGGGCAUGGGUAGUCUCUCUGGGUUUUCAACCCCCUACAGCGCCACCACAAGGCCAGUGGAUACUUUGCACCUGCCUCCAUCGACCUACCCCUGGUUAGGUGGUCUUCCACAACCAGCUCUCUAUUCCCCCGUCCAGACAAUGCAUCAUCCAGUAGGAUGCCACUGUCCUCAAUGCCUGCAAUGGAGACCGGACCACCUGCUUAAACCUAGAGGGGGAGCUAGGACAGGCCUACAACCCCAAACCUUUGGCAGUGCUUCAGGAUGAUAGGACAGAAGCGUCUUUGCCAUAUUAAAAGCAAUAGGCUACGCAGAAAUGAAAUUUGUUUAUCGUUUACACUCCUGUGUCAUUCCAGACCUGAAUGACUAACUGACUUGUUCUCUCUGGGAUAAGAAAAAAUACAUUUUGAAGAUGGUUUUGCCCAUACACUGAAAGUUUAAAGCUGUUGUAUUUAUGCAUCUGUAAACUUAUUCAGAACUGGAAAAACAUCAGGAUUGAAGAGCUGUUUUGUUGUAAUCUUUUUGUAUUAUAGUUAAAAGUUUUGCUUACUUUUCUAAACAAAUAAGUUUGUUAAUUUUUCAUAAUGACUGUUUUGCACCUGAACACUGAUACAAACCCAUGUACAUAUGCUUUCCAAAAUAUAUAUGACAAUAUGGACUAUUAAAAUAUUUAUGGAAACAUUUUAUGUAAUGUA